AUGAUUAUGACUGGAUAUUUAGGGAAAAAUAAUAAAGAGAGCAGAAAAGGUUUGCAACGAAUGGCUUCAGUGGGUGUAGCACCUACUUCAGGUCUGAGAGAACCCAGUGGUCAUGCUGUUGGUGUGGAUAAGUUGCCAGAGGAGUUGAAUGACAUGAAAAUUAGGGAUGACAAAGAAAUGGAAGCCACAGUCGUUGAUGGUAACGGAACAGAGACUGGCCAUAUAAUCGUGACAACUAUUGGUGGUAGAAAUGGCCAGCCAAAGCAGACAAUUAGUUACAUGGCUGAGCGUGUUGUCGGGCAUGGAUCAUUUGGAGUUGUGUUCCAAGCAAAGUGCUUAGAGACUGGUGAAACUGUGGCCAUAAAGAAGGUUCUGCAAGACAAGAGGUACAAGAACCGUGAGCUGCAAACCAUGCGUCUUCUUGACCACCCAAAUGUUGUUUCUUUGAAGCAUUGCUUCUUUUCAACGACGGAAAAGGAUGAACUUUAUCUUAACCUGGUACUUGAGUAUGUUCCUGAAACGGUUCAUCGUGUAAUUAAACACUAUAACAAGUUGAACCAACGGAUGCCUCUGAUAUAUGUUAAACUCUACACAUACCAGAUCUUUAGGGCAUUAUCCUACAUUCACCGCUGCAUUGGAGUGUGCCAUCGGGACAUUAAGCCUCAAAAUCUUCUGGUGAAUCCGCAUACCCACCAAGUAAAAUUGUGUGACUUUGGAAGCGCAAAAGUUUUGGUAAAAGGAGAGCCAAAUAUAUCUUAUAUCUGCUCUAGAUACUAUAGAGCACCAGAACUCAUAUUUGGAGCAACUGAGUAUACUACAGCUAUUGAUGUCUGGUCUGUUGGAUGUGUUCUUGCUGAGCUAUUGCUUGGACAGCCUCUGUUUCCCGGUGAGAGUGGAGUUGAUCAGCUUGUGGAGAUUAUCAAGGUUUUGGGCACUCCAACAAGGGAGGAAAUCAAAUGCAUGAAUCCUAACUAUACAGAGUUCAAGUUCCCUCAAAUCAAAGCUCACCCGUGGCACAAGAUAUUCCACAAGCGUAUGCCUCCAGAAGCUGUUGAUCUGGUUUCAAGACUGCUACAAUACUCUCCUAACUUGCGGUGCACAGCUCUGGAUGCCUUGACCCACCCCUUUUUUGAUGAGCUUCGUGACCUGAACACCCGCCUGCCGAAUGGACGUUUCCUUCCACCUUUAUUUAACUUUAAAUCUCAUGAAUUAAAGGGGGUGCCUGUGGAGAUUUUGAUGAAAUUGAUCCCAGAGCAUGCGAGAAAGCAAGCCCCGUUCUUGGCAUCUGAUUAG